AUGGGUCUCGUCGGAAUCGCUUCUGAUGCUUAUACUCUCAACAUUACCAUGAAUUGCUACUGUCAUUUGAACCAAAUGGAGUAUGCAUUGUCUGUCUUGGCCCACUUCUUCAAGUUGGGUCUUCAUAUAACUGUGCCUAUCUUCAACACUCUUAUCCACGGCUUUGUUCUCCGAAAUCGAGUGGCUGAUGCAGCACGGCUUUUCAGCAAAAUGGUGGUGGGGGGUCAUUGCCAGCCCAAUGUGGUUACUUUCAGCAUACUAAUAAAGGGCUUUUGCGCGAUCAGGAACAACACUGCAGCUAUUCAGUUACUUGGCAAGAUGGAAGCAAAUGGAUGCGAGCCUAACAUAAUUACCUAUAACACCAUCAUUGACAGCCUGGGCAAAGAUACACUAGUUGACCAAGCAAAGAACCUCAUUGCAGAGAUGAUUGGUAGAGGCAUUGCUCCCAACGUUGUUACUUACACCUCAUUGAUUCAAGGAGUUUGCGAUAUAGGCAACUGGAAAGAAGCUACGAGGUUGUUGAAUGAAAUGGCUAGUCAGGGUAUCUUUCCAAAUGUAUUCACCUUUAGUGUCCUGAUUGAUGCACUUUGUAAGGAAGGGAGGGUCAUGCAAGCCAAAAGUGUAGUUCAGAUUAUGGUUCAAAGAGGAAUUGAACCUAACACUAUUACAUACAAUUCCCUUAUGGAUGGUCACUGUUUGCGAGGAGAAAUGGACGAGGCGAAACGAGUUUUUGAUCUAAUGGUUGCCAAGGGCUCCGUGGUUAAUGUUCAAAGCUGUAACAUAUUGAUUAACGGAUAUUGCAAGCAGAAAAAGAUCGAUAAGGCUUACAAGAUUUUCAAGGAAAUGCCUCUCAUGGGACUUGUUCCUAAUACCGUUACUUAUAACACUCUAAUUGAUGGUUUAAAUAAAAUGGGAAGGCUACAAGAAGCAGAAAAGUUGUUCUCUGAGAUGCAAGAUUGUGGCCAAUUUCCAGAUGUUCAAACUUAUUGUAUUAUACUUGAUGGCCUCUGUAACAACCAACAACUUUCUAAUGCAAUUGAAUUGCUUAGAGAGAUGGAAGGGAACAAGUUGAAACCAGAUAUUGUAGCUUACAAUAUUAUCAUUGAAGGGUUGUGCAAAGCUGGUGAAGUUCAGUCUGCCAAAGAUCUUUUCCGUGGUUUAUCACCAAAAGGAGUUCAGCCUAAUUUUCCCAGAAUACACAUGUCCUCAAUGCAACUCACUGUGAACUUUUUCUCAAAUUCUGAUUCCUAA